AUGCAGUGGCUGAGUUUUUUCCCAGGUUCAUUGCAAGAGCUGGAGGUCAACCCAGCCAACGCAACACUCUCGACCAUGAGAAACGCGGUCAUAGAUUGUGCGAUUGGUCUAAAUUUGCAUGCGUUGGGCGGCGACCUAUCUGUAGGACAAAUGGAGUCGUUCCGCAUGGCCCUGUUUCUUUCACACAAGAUGUGUGUGGUGUCCGAGGGACUUGACCCAGCGGAGAUGCCGAUCUGGGACGGCCUCGUGCAGACGCCAGGUGUUUGGAAGCCAGAUAUGCAGUCAAGACUUGCAGGUUUGAAGCAGUUGUUCUUGCACAUACAAGAGCUCAGGGAGGACCCCGUAAAGCUGGGCGAGUGCAGACGGACAUCGCAUGAGCUGUGCAAGCAGCGUUUCUCCAGCGAGCAGGUGUUUUCGAAUGCAGGUAUAAAUGUCACGAUGCUGAGGAGUCUUUCCAGCAGGAGUCCCAUCAUCUCCGGAGCCGAAGUUUUCCGAGCGUUCGCAGAAAGUCUAGGGCGUAGCUCUUGA